AUGUUAUUUUUUCUACUAAUUUGCUUGUUGAAUUACACUAGUCGACUGAAUUUGCUUGCCAGCAGAAUUGCUCAAAGAAUGAACAAACUAAACGCUGGACCAUCGGACCACGUCGAGAUGGACAUCUUUCCUGACACAUUUUUCCUUUAUAAAGCGUACAUGGAAAAAAGCAGUAAUGGGUCCUCGUUGCGUGUCCUGUCGAUAAAUCGCUGUGUUGAUCCAGACACAGCGAUAGAAGCGCGUGUCGGCGACAAAUGGUUCACGCUCCGAGCACAGCCAAUUGAGGGGACUUGUCCAUGGAUAUGGGCUCCUGGAUGUAGCUAUAAUUCAUUUGUUUUUGAUGGGAUCGUGAACGAUACGAAUACGAGCGCUACUCACAUAACGCUGUUGAGAGACGGGAAAAGUGUCAGGAUUCCCUUGAAUCAAGUGUCAAGAAAAGUGAAAGGAACUCUCAGCUUUUGUGUGCCUCCAAUUUACUGGUUUACAGACUGGACGAAGAUCAUAUUUGCGUUGGAGACAUGGAAAGCUCAAGGGGUUCGCCAUGUCUUCAUGUACUAUCAUUCUUCCAGCCGUCAUGUUCAGGAUGUGCUACAACACUAUCAAAAAGAGGGUUUUGUGACGAUAAUUCGCUGGCCAUCUCUUCCUCGAAGUUCAUUCGUGGAUCCAAACCUCUCCCUGUAUCGUCUCGCCCAUUCACUCGCUCACAACGAUUGCGUGCUACGAAUCGACAGCGAAUUUGGAGCAGUGAUCGACGUCGAUGAAAUCAUCGUUCCUAGACAGGGAACGUUGUUGGGGUUAUUGAACGAAUUAUUUUCAAACUCAUCCGUGGGCGCUCUUUCAUUCGCACAUCGCAGUCUUCGACUAAAUCCGCCCCUGGCAGGGCAGAAUUUCUCCUUCGCCGCAUUGAAUUAUUCUGGAAUUAAAAAUGCGACUGAAUUUGAAUUGCAAGGACCGUCAAAGGUGAUCUUUCGCACGGAAGCGGUAGAUCUGCAAGCAACACACGAUGUUCGAAAGUAUAGGUCGAGUUCAAUUACAUUAAAGGUCCCUACGAAAGACGCUGUUCUUCUCCAUCAUCGUUACAAUCAUGUGACCGGAGAAAAUCCAAAAAUGGUUAAUUUACUUCCAUCAGGACCGUUCAUCAACGACCUUCUAGGAUCUCUAAUCAAUCAAACAAACGCUAUUUUCCCGAAAGGAGCCGAUUUCCAUUUUAACACUCAAAAAGUGCUCGGAAUGUGUCUGAAGCCAUGGCGCGAAGAGCAGAACUACUGCAAGACACCGCUGUCCAGUUGUCGCAGUUUAUUGACUCCUUUGGAAAACUGGUAUUUCGUACGAUCUCAGGGAGAUUUCUACUUAUUAUAA